AUGUGUAGAUACCUAUACUCCUACCAGUAGCAUUGGAAGGUUGAGAGGUGAAUUUUACUGCAAUUUUCUACUUCAUAUUAGGAUUAUCGCACAAUAUGAUGUCUUUCAAUUGACAUUAUCACUAGGAUAAAUAUUGUCUUCCAUUACGUAGUCCACCAUGUCGUCAGAAGAUAUGGAUGGGUACACUACUCCUGAUGAGGGAGAUGAGUUCAAUGAAUCGGCGGUUGGCGAAAGUAGGAUACCUAUGAUGGAAACUCCUAUGGCUCAUCCUUUCGAUACUGAAGUAUUGGAGAUAUCAUCGGACUCUUCAUCUGGAGCAGUUUCUUUACAGUCGUCAAGUAAUGAGGUCAUUACUACUGACGCAAUGCACUCAAUAUCUUCUAGGGCUAUGUCUGUGACGCGUAGUGCGGCUAGUUCUGUUGUUGGUAAUGACACUCCAAUGAGUCCUCCAUCUGCUAGGUUAUCUAAUGUAUCAAGGUCUGGUCGUUUCUCAGCGGGAUUACACUCUGCUAGUUCAUUAUCGGAGCCAGUAUCUAGGCACAGUGUGACCCCUGAGGAUACUACAUUAAGCCAGGAUUCAACGUCGUCUUUCCAGGAGCGGUUACCUCGAUCAAGUGUAGUCAACCAACCUAUAGACCUCAGUGUCAGAGAUCGUGAUCUGGAGUUAAUGCCAGAUGUAUCACAGCCUGAAAGCCCUCCUAUGCGGAGGACAGCAACACCAGUUAAUGCAAUGGAUAGCGUGAAUCGCAUCAAUAUAUCUGAUGAAGCAGGAUAUAUCGGUUUCACUGAUCCCAUUGGAAUCCCUUCGACACAUGCUGAUACCCGUAGAACAACUGUAUCAUCACGUGGAUCAAGUUCAUCACGCAAAUCAGUAGUACAGAACAUAGAUCAAACUGGCAAUUCAGUGUCAUCGAGUUCACGACUAAGCUUUACACCCUCUAGAUCCCGUGUCAUCGAUGAUACUAGUCGGCCAUCCACAGCUCGGGCUAUGGACUCUAGAGUUGCAGUCGCGAAAGCGAAAAUAUCAAGUAAUGUUAGGUCUAGCAGCAUACGUCAAACUAGUCAAGCUGCUUCUAGUGACCAAGGUAGUUCUAAAGAGUUACGGGCACUACCAGCGAAUAAUGAUACCGCCGAUUCAGCACCUGAGGCACGUAAGGCGUUGUUGCCGGCAAAGACUACGAAAAAACCGAAGGAGGUAUUGUCACCGGCUCAGAUUAUCCAUGCCUUUAAGAUGGGCUACAUGACAAAGCAACAGUCUGUUGAGGCACUUAUUAGAUAUCGUAUGAAUAGAAUGUUACACAAGAACUCAGAUCGUAUGUAUGUGGAUAAGGACGGUGACGUGAGGUUCGUUAAGGGUUACGAUUUUGGCAAAUCACGUGAUAACCGUGGCCGCGCCAUUCGUCGAAAUGGCCUUACGCGCAUAGAACGUGAGAUUAUGGCGUACCAGAAGAGUACCCAUUUAUUGAUACCGCGCGCAGUGUUUGCACGUGUAGUUCGUGAGAUAGCGCAACAUUGGUGGCGCGGUCCCGAACCUGUAAAAUUCACCGUUGAGGCCUUAUCGGCCCUGCAGGCAGCUACUGAGGACGAGAUAACACGGCUUUUGGAAAUAUCAACUGCUUGUUCAUAUCACGCCAAGAGGAUAACACUACGCAUAGACGAUAUGCGUUUGGCACGUUUUUGCCGCGGCCGUCAGGAAUAUGAAUUCGUCAACAUUAAGCCGUAAUAUUGAAAUUAUAUCGUAGUUUAUAUGUGCCAGAGCUAUA